AUGACCCUGGGUCAAGUCCAGGACCUCAACAACGAAAUAGAUGCCUCGGUGGUAGAAGCGAACUUUGGUUCAACACACAGUGAUGAAUUCAUCUCAAAAUUCCACGGCGCCAAGACCAAACGAAUCACCAAUAUUGUGACGAUACGACAAAACUUCCGCGACACGCUACUAGAUAGUGACUCGGUGCAUGUCAUUGCCGAGCGAGCCUUCCAGGAGGAGGCCCAAAGCUACUGGAUGAGCACCGCGCAGGGUCCGGAGGUCUCCCUCAACUUUUUGAUUGCGCUUUCGGAUUUCACCGAAGAGAACGGGGCUACGAGGGUCAUACCUGGCAGCAACCACUGGUCGGACUUCAACGACCCCGGAACGCCCGAGAUGACUACCCCAGCAGAGAUGAAGGCGGGCGAUGUGCUUUUGAUCUCUGGGAAAGUGGUUCAUGGUGGUGGUGCCAAUCAGUCGGGGGAUGUCAAGCGUCGAGGUCUUGCUUUCACUUUUCAACCGGGGUAUUUGACACCUGAGGAGGCUUAUCCGUUUUUUGGUUCAGAUGGAACUGGUAAGGAAAAUGAGUCCACGAGCACAGAAGAUGAUCGGGUUUCGAAGUCAAUAUCCUAA